AUGUCUCAGGCAUUGGAAGAUAAGGCUUUGCAUCAGCUACAACAAGAACAGUCCAAGCUUCUGGACAAGAUCGAUGAACUGCGCACUAUCGGCGUCGGUGGCCUCGUGGAACUCCCCCAGCUGAUUGUUUGCGGCAACCAGUCAAGCGGAAAAAGUUCCGUCCUCGAAGCCAUCUCUCGCGUGCGGUUCCCCGCGAAAAGUAAUGUCUGUACGCGAUUCGCGACUGAGGUUAUCCUGCGACGGAAUCCGUCAUCAAAAAUUAAGGUGUCCAUCGAGCCCGGUCCUUCUCGCAAGGAUGAGCAGGAGCGAGGGCGGCUCCGGAGUUUUGCCUAUGAGGCCUUCUCUAAUGGCAAUGACCUGCCUCCCCUAAUCGAAAAGGCCAAAGAGCACAUGGGGAUCACGGAGGCGGUUAACGCAGGCUUCAGUGAUGAUGUGCUCAAGGUCGAGAUUUCAGGGCCCGACAAACCGGAGCUGACUCUGGUUGAUCUGCCCGGCCUGUAUUACUCUACCAGCCGGGAGCAGGACUCACAGGGUAUUCUGAUAGUCCGCAAGCUGACGGAAAGAUACAUGAAGAAUCCAAGAAGCAUCAUCCUUGCUGUGAUCAGCGCAAAAACAGAUUACCAUCUUCAGGAGGUCCUGAACAUUGCGGAACGAUUUGAUCAAAAGCGCGAGCGCACGCUCGGAAUCAUUACUCAACCAGAUAUUCUGGAGGCAAAUUCGGAGGAGGAAGACACCUAUCUGCAAUUUAUCAAGAAUCAAAAGAUUCAUCUAGAGAUAGGAUGGCAUGUCUUGCGGAAUCGAUCCUUUGAGACCAGGGAUAUCUCAGACGACGCCCGCGACGAGAUGGAGAAGGCGUUCUUCAACCAGGGACGAUGGACAUUGCUCUCACGGGAAUGUGUCGGCAUCGAGAGCCUACGCCGCCGCCUUAGCACCAUAUUGCUGAAGCUCAUCCGUCGGAAUCUCCCAGGACUGAUUGCGGAAAUCCAAGACAAGGUGUCUGAUCGGCGGCAGCAACUCUCGAGACUGGGGCCUCCUCGGUCUACUCUUCAGCAGCAGAGGGGUUACCUCCUCAACAUUAGUAGUAACUUCGAGCGCAUCAUUGUGCAAGCUCUGAAUGGCAUGUAUGCAGAUGAGUUCUUCGGUGGCUUGGAUGAAACAGGGAAUAUCGAAGACUUCCGACGACUCAGAGCUGUUAUACGCCAACUGAAUGAAUACUUCGCAGAUGCAAUGGCCAUUCGAGGCUGCCGCAGGAAGAUUGUCGAGCGGCGCCCAUUUCCCAGCAAAGAUGACCUGCAAGUUGCUUCUGGGAAGCCUUACAUGGACGACUGGAAACCAGAAUACGUAGAGCGCAGUUCUAUCGAAACAGAGGUCAGUAGGCAAGCACGCAACAACAGAGGCAUUGAGCUUCCAGGGAAUGCAAAUCAACUCCUGGUUGGGAGCCUCUUUCGCGACCAGUCCAAACCAUGGGAAAGCCUUGCGAAAAAUCACUUAGUGAAGGCCUGGGAGGCAGCGAGAUAUUUCGCCUUGCUUGUUCUACAACACAUUACUGACGACCAUACCUAUACCUUGCUGGUUGGCUCCAUUAUCGAUGCGGAGUUCGAAAAAUUGAAGCAGUCAUUGCUUGACAAGCUUGACGAGCUGACCGCAUACACAAAGAGAGGUCACCCAUUGCCAGUGGGCAAGAGCUUUCUCUCCCAGAUUCAGAAAGCCAGAAGCAAGCGUCAGUUAGAAUCACUAAGAGCAAAUCUCCCAACCAGCAGUUUUGCCGAAAAGGGGGAAACGUUAUUUACGAUGAAAGACCUUGAGCAAGCCACAUCGUGGACGGAAGUUUCCCGCGAUGAAUUUGCAGCCGCCGAGAUCAUCGACCAGAUGGAAGCAUAUUAUGAGACUGCAAUUGUGACGUUUGUCGACAAUGUCGCAACUCUAGGCAUCGAAAAUUGUCUUCUUGACCCUCUGCAACGUAUAUUUACCAGCCAGGUUGUCAAUAAUAUGGAUGAUGACCAGAUCCGAGAACUUUCCAUGGAACAGCCUUAUAUACAUGAAGAACGACAACGGUUAGGCCGCGAGCUCGACAAAUUGCAAGCUGGCCUACGGGCUCUCAGCGUCUUCAACACUCAGAAGCCGUCAUUGGGUAAUCUUCCUCUUCUCGGACCAUCGGACGCUCCGAGCCCUUCCCUUGAAAAAAGCCGUCCAGGACCAACAAUAGCGUCAGCCAGCGGAAAGACCCUCACUGUAACCGACUCGACUGCGGCCUUGCAGUCUCCCGGACGUAGGUCUAUGUGCCUUUCCCUAAACAGGAUCUUGCUAAUUCGGGCGAAAGCUAUAAAAGCUGCGGAACCAAGACCACCGUCGGUAAUUGAUUCAGCCCAGGCUUUGCCAGCAGCUUCGGCGGCUCUAUCUAAUGCAGGCCAAUCCGAACAAAAACCUGUUUCCGGUGGCUUUGGUACAUCCUCAUCUGGGCACAAGCCUGUUACCAGCCCUUUUAGUGGAGCCUUUUCUGAGCAGAAACCUAUACCUCUCUCUGGGGAUUUUGGUGGGGGUUCUGGUACAGGCCUAUUUGAGCAAAAAUCUGUUUCCAGUGGCGUUGGUACAUCCUCAUCCGAGCACAAUCCUGUUACCAGCCUCUUUAGUGGAGCCGGUUCUGAGCAGAAACCUAUACCUCUCUCUGGGGGAUUUGGUUCAGGCUCAUCAGAACACAAAGCUGCUUCUGGGGGUCAUUUUGGGGAUCUUGGUACAGGCCUGUCUAAACAGAAAUCUGUUUCUGGUGGCUUUGGCACAGGCAUAUCUACGAGCAGCAGCACGAGACCUAUGACAGGCACCAGUACCGGUACCUCUACUACCGUCCAGCAAUCUGGCAUGGGCUCCACGGGCAAGGGAGUAAAUUCUCCGUUUGGUCUGCAGAAAUAUCAAGGCUGGGGUCAGAAUCUGUAG